CUUUGUCGAAUCAUGCUGCUGCAGGUCCUUGAUCCUCCCAAGUUCUCACACUGUUCAAACCAGAUGAAUAGCUCAAAACAGCUUGUAAGUUAAUCCCUCUCCAGUCCUAUUUAAGGCCAUGGAUUAGUAUUGCUAGCAAACAUUAUAAGGAGUUGGAGGUCUGCGCGGUGGCUGUAGGCUUUGUAAUGGGAACAUGACUCCAAGGGCUAACAGCUUUAGAACAAUAUGCCAAUAUGGUUUGAACACCUCUUUACCCUCUGUACAUUUCAUAUGGAAACAUUUUCAUGGGAAUUUAGAAUAUGAGCUUAACCUGUCUGAGAGCCCAGACAUAACAAAAAUACCCUCAGAGCAUAGAAAUAAUACAUGGAUAUAAUACAUGAAAUACAAAGAUAAACGGUAAACGUUUUUAAAUCAUUCCCUCCAGGGUUAUUAUGAAAAGAAAAGCCCAUUUCAGGACAGACUGAUCAGUUAGUGUAUCACUCAAACCAGUAGUCUUACAAACAGUAAAUAAUAGUGAAAUCCAUUUAAUUAUAUCCCUGCAGCUAAUUUGAGAUUUACGCAGCAUUACCGUUCAACAGGUGCACUUAUAAAAUUAGGAUUAACCCUCAGAGACGUCGCCUCAGACUCAUUCAACAACAGAAUAGCGUGUGUUACAAUUAUAUCCAGAGCUCCUCAAGAAAGGAUCCACAGCAUCAAAGCAUACAGCCGCUGAGAAAGUUGGAAAAGAACAAAAACAGACGACAGUUAUGAGCAUGGCCUGUAAGACCAGUGGGAAAGAGCAGAAACAAUUGGGACGUUAACAGAGAUACAACAAAAAGCACAAUUGUGUCUGAAGCCGUUCAUACCCAACUGGAUGAAGGUAUAAAACUGCCCUCUGGAAGAUGCUUUCACACCAAAUGUGAUAACUUUGUUGAAUAUGCCUUGUUGCAUAUUCAACCACGAUUCCCACUAAACUACAAUUGUUGCCUGUGCUGUUAUUAAAAAGUAAUGGACUGAUUUUCGUGGCACUUGGUGGAAGGGUGGGAUUGGAACCAUUAACUUUUGGAGCAGAUUUGUUCAAGGAGGGUGACAUCCAGGACAUUUCCUUGACUUCUCUGAAAAUAAUUCAUUCAUUAAAAGAAUCAGGCAUGUGUGUACCUUAUGCAACAUUAUGAGUGUUUGCGAUUCUGGUUAAUUCUUAUAUUUAUUGUGAUUUUCUGUGUUUUAAAACCUGAGAAUAUCAAUACAAAUAAAGAAGAUGAAGUUGAAAUAAACAACAAAAGUAAUAAUAGGAUUAAAUUUAUGCUCAACUACACAGCAUGGGAUUGUAAUAUUUGACUUCCAUUCAUGCAGCAGCUGGAGCAAACAGCAUGUAAAGGGUUAGUCACCACCCUUCAUCCCUCCUCCUCCUCCUCCCUUUCUGUUGUAUCACUUAUCAGCUUCUCUUUCCCAUUCAUUUUAUCAGGCACCCAGUGAACUCAGUCUGCACCUUAGAUCCAAAUACCUUUUCAGCCUCUAUGGAUAUUGACCCUCACGCUCACUUACUCCACUUGAGAAACUUCACUUAUUUUUCCUUCUUCUCUGAGUUGCACCACUCUGAUCAUGCUGCUGCCACUGCUGUCGAGACUGUGGCCAUCUCCACUGUGUUCCUGGUCUCCGUGGCAGCAAACACGGGAGCUGCAGCCUUGGUAACCUGGGAACGCAGACUGCUGGCCAACAAGACCAUCCUGACCCUCAACUUGUUUGUGGCCGACCUGCUGUUUGUCAGCAUGAUCCCAUUGAUAGUGGCAGUGCGCUGGACCGUGUCCUGGACGCUGGGGUUCACGGCCUGUCACACCGUGCUGUAUGUCAUCUGUAUGAGCGGCUCCGUCACCAUCACCACCCUGGCCUCCAUCAGCGUGGAGAGGGUCCAGGCGAUCCUUCGGAUGCAGACUGCGCCCACUCUGAACCCCAGGAUGGUGACCGCCACCCUCAUCUUCAUCUGGGCCUUCUCUGCACUCACUGCUUUACCCCUCAGCCUCUUCUUCACUGUGGUGGAAGUUGAUUUUCCUGAGCAGGAACGUCUACACAUCUGUACUCUCAAGUGGCCUGACUCCACAGCAGAGAUUGUGUGGAAUAUAUCCUUCACCGCCCUGUGCUUCCUUCUCCCAGGACUCAUUAUUGUGGUCAGUUACAGCAAAAUAUUACAGAUUGCUAAAAGUUGCAGGCGAAGACUCCAAACCCGAGAUAGUCCACUCCCAGUUGGCGAGUCUCCCGAGUACCACGUCUCCCGCCAGGAUAUGAAGCUCUUCCGCACUCUCCUGGUCCUCGUCUUCUCCUUCCUACUCAUGUGGAGUCCCAUCUUCAUCAACACCUUCGUCAUCCUGGCCAGAAACUUCCUCGGUCACCUGCACGUCUCCUCGACCGUGUUCUUCUGGGUGAUGACGUUCACACUGGCCAACUCGGCUCUCAAUCCUAUUCUCUACUCGGUGUGCCAGUUCAAGAACGGCUGGCGAAAGCUCUGCUGUGGCUCUGCCGUGGUGCCACUGAGGAGAGACACUUAAUACUGGCCUUAAACUUUAUACACCUUGGACACUCUUUUCUAAUGGUUGCUACGCUCCUGAGCUGGUGCAUUCAAACUGAAAGACAUUUCAAAGCAUUAACACUAUAAAGACAUUAAUUUAAUAAUAAAUAUGUUUAAAACAG